AUGCCGACCGAAUCGAAGAUCGCUGUUGUCUCUAAGAUACAACAAGAGAUACAACGCAGCAGGGAACUGUUCGCUUCCAGUCUCAAGCAGUUUCACAACUUCGAGAAGACCAGCGACGCGAUCAAAGCAGCCAAGAACAUAUUUGAGCUACAUCAAUCACCUAUGAGCGAGUCGAGCGAUAUUCUUUUGGAAGAACUAUGUGCACUGAACGACCAUUUGGAGAAUUGGAAAGCAAAACGCGUGCUCAUCACAGAAGACGCAGUCCUCGAGAAGGAAUGGAAGAACAUCAAAGACAUGGGCGACUAG